AUGCUUCUUUCGGCUAUCGCACUGAUUUUCGUUGCCGGGAUAACCUUGAACUCCGCAAACUUGGAUUGCGGCGGAUGUCUACAUACUUGUUAUGGCAAUUGUGACUCGGGUACUUGUCUCUGCCAGCACACAUGCGGUCAUGUGUGUGGAGGCCUCGGAGGAAGCCUUGGAGGAGGUCUCGGCGGAGGCAUUGGUGGAGGCGGAAUCGUAAGUUACCAUAAAUUACUUUAA